AUGUUGAGGUUUACAGUCAGGAGUAUAAAUAUCAUAAAUAUACCCAUAAGAUGUUUAUCAUCUACCAAUAUAGUUUCCGCUCCAUUUAAACAAAAAGAGGGUAAAACUAAACAAAAAAUGGUUACUAAAAAAAAUGAUAAAGUUGAUGUUAAAAGAUCAACAAAUUUAACUCAUUUACCAUUUGGUGAAGCUGUUAGAAAUUUACAAUUUGAAAAAACCGCUUCAGAAUUAAAAAUAGAUGAAUUGACAAGUGAUUUUUCAAGAGGUAAAGUUUUUAUAUAUCCUAAAAAAAUUGAAUCUAAAUUGAAGUCAAUGGGUGGGUUUAAAAAAUUUCAAUUUCAAGAAAGUUUUGCAAAACCGAUUACAUUGACUACUUCAAAUACAACUAGAAUAAAUGAAUUAUUUGUAAAUAAACUAGAUGAAAAGUUUGAAAAUAACAGAUUAUAUAUUGAUGGAUCUAAAGGUAUUGGUAAAUCAACUUUGUUAAACCAAGCAAUUGCCUUAUCAUUAUUGAAACAUAAUCAUGAUAUAAUAGUGUUACACAUGGAUAAUGCUGAAGUUAUAGGAAAUGGAUCAUCUAAUUAUAUUUUCAACAAUAAAUUAUCAAUUUAUCAACAACCAAUGAUUACAAGAAGAUGGAUUAAAAAGAUAUUAGCUGCAAAUGAAGAUACAUUCAAAAAAAUGAAACUUACACAAGAUGUUAAAUUUACAAAGGAUAAAUUGGAAAUUAAAUUAACUGCUAAUAAACAUACUUUAUAUGAUUAUUUAUCACAAAAUUUUGAAUUUGGUAAAACUGAUCCACAUACGCAUUUCAAAUAUUUAAUUAAUGAGAUAAAACAACAUUCAAAGAACAUACCUGUAUUGGUUUCAAUUGAUAAUUUCAAUGCAGUUACAGAUUUUUCAUUAACUCAAUAUAAAUCACCAGAUUUUAAUCCUAUACAUAUUCAAGAAUUUGAAAUGGGUAAAUUUUUAAUAGACGUUGCUAAUGGCUCAAUUGGAUUUGAAAAAGGUGGUGUAUUAUUAAGUAAAUGUAAUGAUUUUGCUCCAAAUAGAAAAACAAUUGAAGUUGCAGUAUAUCCAGAACGUGAAUAUAAUUUAUAUAUGAAACAACCAGAAUUUGAUUUAGAAUUGGCAAGAAAAUUACAAGGUAUAAAACCAUUUGAAAUGACAUCUUUAACAAUUGAUGAAUCAAGAGAAUUGAUGAAAAUAUGGAAAGAUCAAGGUGUAUUAAUAGUAAGAAAAGAUUUUAAUAAAAAAGAUUUCAAUCAAGAAUCUAGUCAAGUUGUUGAAGUAGAUAUGGAAUCACAAUUUGAAAAAAUAGUAUUAAAUUCAUUUAACACAUCUCAAGGUAAUCCAAUGGGUAUGUUUAAACAAAUAGCAUUAACUUAUUAA